AGCAGUUGUUCGUUUAAAGUCAAGGUAAUUUUCUUUUGACGGGUCCUUUUUCUUCUCGAUUUCUAAUUUAUUAGCCUCCCUUCCCGGGGCUCUAUCUUCUUGGCAGUGAAAGUAAAGCUGCUUCAGAUUGGCGCAGGCGUUCACCUGGCAGGCAGUUUUAAAAACUUUAAAUUCGGAAAGGUGAUUUGCUGAUGUUUUUAAUAUUUUGCAGUUUCAGGUAGCAUAUCUCUUUCUGCACGGAGCGGGAGGGGUUGCAAUUGGAACUGAUAUAGAGACACAAGGGGGGGGGGCUGGCGUGUUGAGCCCUGUACCUUUCCCCCCUAGGCCUUCUUGCUCCUUUCUCCCAAGCCAUCGAUUCCUAGCUAUCUCCCCACCUCCAAGUUCUAACUAAAGCUGAUCGCCUCCGGCCGGGCGGAGCAGAGUUCCCGGGAGCGCGCCUGUGUGGCCCGGGUGGGCCCGGCGCGCGUCAGCCCGUCCCACGCCGCUGAUAGGUGCACGCGGGCCAGCCCUCGCCGUGGCCAGGGCGCCGUGAUUGGUGUGGGGCCGCGUCACUCCCGCCCGCCGAGGGUCCGGAGGAGGCGGAGGCACAGAGGGCUGGGGAGGGCCGCGGCGGAGUGACGUCUUGCAGCCGGGAAGCCCGCCUCUGGUUUUAAGAUGCUGGGCCGACAGGGAAGCGCGGAGCCGCAGAGCUUGUCCGUCGACCGCCCGGGUGGCUGGCGCUGAGCUGCGGUAGCCCCGGCCCCGGUUCGCCGGCGCUGGGGACGCGCUGCGCAGGGGCGCUCGGGAGCGCUUGGGGUGCGCUUGGCCCACGCCGCCGCCGUCGCCGGGAUCGGACACCAGCUACCUGUCCCUGUCAGUCUCCAAGCUUGCUGUCAAGUUGUUUGCUCGCGGGGCGGGCUGAGCGCGCCGCGUUAGCCUUCCUCAUUGGAGGGGUACAGGGAGGGAGGGAGGGAAGAAGGGGGUCUUGCCCAUUCUUGUUUCGCUUUUGGAGCUUGGACGCCCGCUCCUUAAAGACGCUACGUGCGGUGCCGCCUGCCCACAUCCCCAUGCCUCCGUUUGCCCGCUGACUUUUGGCCUCCGGACUCUCCUGCCUGGAGCCUCCUGAAGCAGAGGGGGAGACUUGGCUCCGGAAUUCUGCGGGGGCUAUAUCCUCCCGCUCCUCCUGCAGUGGCCACCGUGAGGCAGCUCUGCGCCUGGAGCGCGCGACCCACAACACCGGGCGGUGGCCGCGGGGACUUGGAGGGCGGCGGCCCGGGAUCCGGAGGGCAGCACGUUCUCUCGUCCAUGAACUGCAUGAAAGGCCCGCUGCACUUGGAGCACCGAGCAGCCGGGACCAAACUGUCGGCCGCCUCCACGUCCUCCUCCUGUCACCAUCCCCAACCUUUAGCAAUGGCUUCGCUGCUGGCCCCAGGCCAGCCCCGCUCCCUGGACUCUUCCAAGCACCGGCUAGAGGUGCAUACCAUCUCCGACACCUCCAGCCCGGAGGCUGCAGAGAAAGAUAAGAGCCAACAAGGCAAGAAUGAGGACGUGGGCGCCGAGGACCCGUCCAAGAAGAAGAGGCAGCGGCGGCAGCGAACUCACUUUACCAGCCAGCAGCUGCAGGAGCUAGAAGCUACUUUCCAGAGGAACCGCUACCCAGACAUGUCCACGCGCGAAGAGAUCGCCGUGUGGACCAACCUUACGGAAGCCCGAGUCAGGGUUUGGUUCAAGAAUCGCCGGGCCAAAUGGAGAAAGCGGGAGCGCAACCAGCAGGCCGAGCUGUGCAAGAACGGCUUUGGGCCACAGUUCAACGGGCUGAUGCAGCCCUACGACGACAUGUACCCUGGCUACUCCUACAACAACUGGGCCGCGAAGGGCCUCACAUCGGCCUCCCUGUCCACCAAAAGCUUCCCCUUCUUCAACUCCAUGAAUGUCAACCCCCUGUCCUCGCAGAGCAUGUUCUCUCCGCCCAACUCCAUCUCGUCCAUGAGCAUGUCGUCCAGCAUGGUGCCCUCGGCAGUGACGGGUGUCCCGGGCUCCAGCCUCAAUAGCCUGAAUAACUUGAACAACCUGAGCAGCCCGUCACUGAAUUCCGCAGUGCCGACGCCUGCCUGUCCUUACGCGCCGCCAACACCCCCUUACGUUUAUAGGGACACGUGUAAUUCGAGCCUGGCCAGCCUGAGACUGAAAGCGAAGCAGCACUCUAGCUUCGGCUAUGCCAGCGUGCAAAACCCCGCAUCCAACCUGAGCGCUUGCCAGUACGCGGUGGACCGGCCUGUGUGAGCUGUGCAGCCGGGGUCCUGGGACUGCUGGCCGCCUGGAGGGGCCACCCUCCAUGGAAAGACUGGGAGUUGCGCUAGAAGGUCAUGGGCACUAAGGAAAAGAAGAUGUAGGGAGAAAAGGAAACCACUGAAUUCAAGAGAGCUCCUUUGAUUUCAAAGGAAUGUCCUCACUGGCUGACACUUUUUGCGAAAAGUAUUUCCAGCAGUUGCAAGGACAGAGACACUCAAAUGUUUGACUGGAUAUGACAUUUUAACAUUACUAUAAGCUUGUUAUUUUUUAAGUUUAGCAUUGUUAACGUUAAAAUUACUGAAAGGAUGUAUAUAUAUCGAAAUGUCAAAUUAAUUUUAUAAAAGCAGUUGUUAGUAAUAUCACAACAGUGUUUUUAAAGGUUAGGCUUUAAAAUAAAGCAUGUUAUACAGAAGCGAUUAGGCGUUUUCGCUUGCAAGCAAGGGAAUGUAUAUACUAAAUGCCACACUGUAUGUUUCUAACAUAUUAUUAUAAAAAUGUGUGAAUAUCAGUUUUAGAAUAGUUUCUCUGGUGGAUGCAAUGAUGUUUCUGAAACUGCUCUGUACAACCUACCCUGUGUAUAACAUUUCGUACAAUAUUAUUGUUUUACUUUUCAGCAAAUAUGAAAAAAUGUGUUUUAUUUCAUGGGAGUAAAAUAUACUGCAUACAAA